AUGACCGCCCUUCCGUUCAAGCCGCAUUUCAGCGACAAUACCGCGUACGUUGGGGUGCCCAGCUAUGGCGACGAACCGAGUCCAGGUCUUUCGGACGACUACUACAAGCAGGGCCAUGCACCACCCCAGCAAAUCGAUUUACAGCACCAUCCACAAAUUACUGGCCAUCGCUCCUGGUGGAAGACGCUGUUAACUCAAGGUUUCAGCGCGCUGUGGCUGGCGCCAGUUGGCGUUCUACUGUACCUCAAUCUUCACGGACAUGUCAUAGGAGCGUCCGCAUGGUGUCCAGGCGGAAAAUGUUAUCCGCAAAUGUUCGACUCCGUCAGCAGUGUUCCUCAGGUUCUGGCAGCCGAGCACGAUCAUGACACCCAUAAUCUACUCGGAGCACUGCAGCUGGUUGCCAAAGCGCUCGAAGUUUGGUUCAUCCUCAUUGCAUCAUGGCUGGUCUAUCUCAUCACCAUGUUCCUUGCUGGUAGGAAGAGCGGCUUGCCAAUCGCCUACAUCACUCGCCCAGUCGAGUUCUCCGAGCUUGCAGGUGUGCUGGACCCUCUUCUCUGGAGGACCCUGCCCAAGCCAUUCAGAAAGGAUGGACCGAAGAAGGCAAGAUUGCGGGUCUGGAUAUUCGUUGGCUUCACUGUCGGACUUGGUCUUCUGUGUAACUUGAUGGGUCCAGCGACUGCCGUGCUUGUAUUGCCAACCCUCCAGUGGCGGGAUACCGAGAAGGUUGAGCCGUAUACCCUGGUGUCGAUUGACAGCGCCUCUGCUCCUGUUGUCGGCACAUAUGCCUACUAUUCUGCUCCCUACUGCACUGAGGAGCUAUGGUCCAAUGGAAACUACUCCUGCACGUACAAUCCGUGGGCGACUGCAAUGGACUCCUGGAUCCAGAGUUACAUGUCGUCUCAAGGUGCCUGGAAUGGCAUCGCGCAACAGGACAUGGUUUCAUUCGCCUUCAAUUCCACAUCAUGGACUUACGACGAUGGUAGCGUUUCCGACUACCUUUACUGGGCUCCAAGCCGUAUCAUGAUGCGAUACUUGAGCGUUGACUAUCUCUCCAUCCAAAAUAUGUCUUGGGGCAUCCCGAAGAACGAAUUCGCUUUCCCACAGUACUAUGACAGCUUCAUCCCACUCAACAAUACCGUCCAGCUCAACGUGGAACGAGAAGGACCUAUCUUUGGUGUUGCUGCCAAUAUGUGGCUUGGAUACGACAACAAGACAUUCUGGGACUCCCAAAUCGAUGACAACAGGGCUGUCCGAUGCUGGAACGAUUAUAACGUUGGCAACACCCCCUUGGCUCGUGACAUCAUGACUGGCAAUUAUACCAAAUGUGUGCAGUGGGGUUCUGGCUGGGGAUACGACUAUCAAACAACCGGCUUCACGAUUGAGGGCAUGUACAAGAGCUGGGCGGAUGUCUUCGGGCCGGACCUCAAGUUCGAUAUCUGGAAUUCGGCCAGAGCCGCGUUCUUGCCCAAUGGCACGAUGCCAGAUGGCUUCCCUGUCGACUGCUUACCUGUUGGCGAGGUGGUCGACACUUCCCUCAACUGUGACUGGGACAAGUUCUUCGCGGUGGAUGAGAAGUCAGCAAUGGCGACGCGAUCAAGUAUGGUCAACACGAUCCAGAUCAGCGCAAACAUGGAACCCGCCGACGGCCAUCCGACCACCAUUGAUCUCAUGUUCGACUUCGUCACUUAUGUGAACUACACAUCCUACUCUCUUGAUCCCUCUCCGCAAUCCAACCCCUUGAUCCAGGUCACCACUCCUGACCUCCCAAUGAGUGGCAAAGCCAUCGAAGUCAGCCCAGCAUGGACAAUCGCCGCCUGGUCCGUAGACAUCGACGGCCUCAUUCGCGCCAACAGAAGCUCAACGCUGUCUAUCCUCCAGGCAUUCGACACUCUGUGGGAAACGGACUACUACAACUCCGUUGAUCCUCUCCUGGCCUCCUACCCAACAAUCGACUAUAUCGGCCUCCUCCCCAUCAUCCAAACUCUUAGCCUUCUCGAGUUCACGAUGGACAACACGACCGCCACCAAAGUCGACGCCGACCAUCCGCAGUUCCACCGCAGUGCUCGCAUCAACGUUUGGGCAUACGGCAUGUCGUCACGAACUUCAUGGCUUGGUGUCGCAGUGGCUCUACUCGGUGUUCUCACAGUCGUUUUUCAGACGCUCUUGGGUGUAAUCGAUCGCCGACGGUACAGAUCUCCGACUGAGCUAUUGGUUGCUGCGUUGGAACAUAGCCCGAGCGAAGAAUUCCAUGGCAAGUCUCACGAUGAGAGGGCGAUAGCGAGAACACCGUUUACGGUGCGGGAUCACGCGCAUGGACACGCUUCCUCGUUCAAGUUUGAGAGGUCGGUAUGA